AUGCUCACCAAGGGGACAGUGAAGGAGACGGGAAAGAAGUUCACCGCAGCUCCGGUGACUCUGUUUGUGUACGAGGCAGGGCAGGCCACGUCUGGGUGUGGAGUGCAACUGGCCUUCCAGGCCAACUUCACCUUCAUGCUCUCGCCCCGAUCGGACCGCAAGGGCAGCGGAAGCUUCGCCUUUGUCAUCUCGUCAACGGACCAAGGUGGGAGCGGAUCCGGUGUGGGGUAUAGUGGAAUGGACAGCCAGAGCAUAGCGGUUGAAUUUGACACUCUGCAGGACAAGCGGCAGGGGGACAUGCGCCGCCAGCACGUGGGGUUGAACAUUCACGGACAAAACAGGUCGCUAGCUGCUGUGAAGUCGCCAUUUCCUCUGAACAACAAGAAGCCGUACACGGCAUGGGUGGACUAUGAGCCUGGGGAGCCCGGCACCAUCCAGGUGUUCCUGGCUGCUUUGGAGGUGAAGCCAGUGGAGCCGCUGCUUGAGAGGAGGGUGGCGCUGUGUGAGGUGCUGCAGGCUGGAGUGGAUCAGCAGGCGUUCUUAAUUGGCUUUGUGGCAGCCACUUCGAAGCCAUUACAGAAGCAAGUUAUCCUCAAGUCGGUGUUGCACACAGGUCUUCCUGCUGUACACAAUGCAGUGGGCGUCAUUCCUGCCUUAGGCCUGAGUAUCUCUGCAGCCUCAUAUGCGCCAGUGGGAGCCAGUCCCUUCAUGCGCUACAUGAGUGCGGACUACCAAGCGUUGCCCAACCAGCCCAGUGAAUGGCACGUCAGCAGCUCCCACUCCUGGGACUCCAUGUUCUUCCUCGGCUGGCCUGUCAAGAACCAAAAGGACUGCAAUGCGAGUUGGGCAUAUGCGGUGGUGGCGAGUGUGGAGGCGGUAUACGGCAUUGCACUGAACCAGGAGGCUCCACGGCUGUCAGUGGACUCGUUCUUUGCAGCCAUGGGGCUCACCUCCCCUGCUGCCAAGUGCACCACAGGGAACUCCCCUGCUGCGGCCUUUGAAAAGCUCCUCACUCUGCUGUGUGGUGGACUCACAACAGCCAGCAAGCCGAUAUCAAAGUUCCCCAUUCGGGGUGUUGAGCGCACACGGUUCAAGGGGUAUGUGGGGCUCAUGCUGGCAGUGCGGCGGCAGCCAGUGGUGGUUCACAUCGAAGCCUCUGCCUCUACAUUCGUACAAUAUGAUGGGAGCAUGAAGUACCAAGAUCCAGACUGCUACACUGGCAACCUGAGCCAUGCUGUACUCGUUGUUGGGUACCUCAUUUCAACAAAUGAUGGCUGUGAUAGCCUCAGUGUUCCACCGUUUUGGAUCAUCCGCAACUCAUGGGGAGUGGAGUGGGGCGACAGGGGCCACAUGCGCAUGGACAUUCAGGGAGGGGAUGGCAUGUGUGGCAUCAACGUGCUGCCUGGCAUCUACCCCAUUGUCAAGA